AAUCAGCUCAGAUUUUAUGAGAUGAAAAUAACGUUGUUAUAUUGUUGAAUUUGUUUAUCAACAAGAGCAGAAAAACAGUUAUGGAAAACAUGGGUGUACUUUUUCUGUAAAAUGUGAUCUCUUUCGUUUGCUAUUUUAAAACAAAUAAGGAUCAAAAGUUACCAUGGCUUUAGUACUGUUUGUCAYAUUGAUGGUUGCUACGAGUUGGAGUUUGGGUUUGUGCGAUUCGAAAGAUAAAGACACAGAUACUAUGAGUCUAGCUACACUGGACCUUAUGGCAGAUAAACGAGCACAAAUUUGCUCUCGGCAGAAAAAGACACUAAGUUGCACUCCUGGUUCGUCGAUUGCCGUGACUGGUGUGUUCUGGGGAAGGACCUCCCCUGAUAUAUGCCCCUCUGAAGACGGCGAUCCAGUUACAAACUGCUUCUCCGCCCCUGAGACAGAACAAAUCGUCAAGAAAAUGUGCGAAGGGAUGGGAAGUUGUUUGUUGGAAGGCAAAGCAAGCGUACUACAAAAAGAAAAACAUUGCUAYGGUGUUAAYAAGUAUUUAUUGGUAAAUUACACAUGYGUUCCUCAAGCAAACAGAAUAGUUCUGUGUAAAUCAGAAAACUCUUUGCUAACUUGUCCAUCUGACUGGCUUAUUAAAGUUAACUCAGCAUUUUGGGGACGUGAAAGCCCGGACAUUUGUCCCUCUGAAAAUGGCCACAACAACUGCCCAGGAGCUUCAGAAACUAUUGCGAAAUUGCGUGGAAACUGUAACAAUAAUCCUGGUUGUGUCGUGAAGGCUCUCUCUGAUGAACUUCAAAAUGGCGGCGAGAACUGCCCUCAUGUCAGCAAGUAUCUAAUAGUGAAUUAUGCCUGCAGACCGAGUACUGGUGUGGCUAGAAGAGGAACACUUGGUCGCAUACCAUUGUCAUUGUACAGAAGACUAGGAUACAGGUCCAAAAUACCACGCCCUAUCAAGAAAACGAACACGUUCUCUCCAAGCCUAGAAAGAAUACAAGAUUCCCAAAGAAACAAUCAAUCAGCAAGGAUGAAGUCAGCUGUUGCUGUUUAUCUAUGCCUUUUGCUGGUUCAGUUAGUAUUCAGUCAAGGUAACAUYCCUAGUAGUGACGGUGGUACGGGACUCAGCCAAAUUGACCUGGAAGCGUUUAAAGAGGUCACCGUCUGCACCAAGCAAACGAAGCCAUUAAGUUGCUCGUACCCAGGCUCCGAUAUCGCCAUCACAAAUGUAUUCUGGGGACGACGUUCUGCAAGCAUAUGCCCAUCUGACGAUGGUGAUGUCAUAUUGAACUGCGACACGGCUCCGGAAACCGAGGGAAUCGUCAAAGCAAAGUGCGAAGGCAAAGAAUCAUGCGAAUUAGAAGCAAGACAUGCAGUGUUACAAAACCCMAAAACAAGCCAUUGCCCUGGUGUCAACAAGUACCUUACAGUCAACUAUACUUGUGUUCCUGAUGCYAAAGAAGUUGUUCUCUGUGACUCGGAGAACUCCACACUCAAUUGUCCGGCCUCUUGGAARAUUGGAGUCAACUCGGUGUUCUGGGGACGGCAGUCWACCAGUGUUUGCCCAUCGGAUAGUGGKCUUACGACWUGCACCGGUGCACCCGAAAGCCUUGAGAUCGUGAGGAAGUCAUGUGAUGGAUUACCUAGAUGUGACAUUCACGCAUCUUACGAUCAAGUUCAAAAUGGUGCGGAAAAUUGUCCUCAUAUUUCMAAGUAUCUAAUAAUCAACUACAGUUGCAGACCACAUCCAAAUAUACGAACCGAAGARGAAAGCGAAGUCAAACAAUACACUCAAGAAGAUCCUCACGAAAGAAGCGAUGAUCAAACUUCAAAGAGCAGUGAAAGCGUAGARAGUGCUCUCAAACAGCUCGACGGAGAACAAAAAGACUCACCCCAGGCUCCAGCGGAGCCAAAAGAAGACUUAAACAUCGGGAGACUGGGCAUGGGUGGCUUGAAGGCGCUAGAGAAAAUAAACAAUUUGAUCAAAGCAUCUGCUGAAUCACAAGGAGGAGACGAGUCUGCAGUAGAGAACGGACUCACAGAUGAACAGGCSCAGACUAUUGAAAGAAUGAUCAUAGAAGGAAUAAGAAAUAUUAAAAGCAAACAGCCAAACACUGGUACGCGCAAAGCAUCCAUACCGAGAACGUCUGAGCCCCAAAAGAGCYCAAAGAGUGUCGUAAUCCCRAAGGUGUCUGGCGAUAAAGCAACCGUUGAAACAUCCAAGAUCCUCAAACAAAAAGUCCAAAAUACAAUAUCCAAGAUACACGACAGCAAACCCGUAACACUGAAAUCAAUUCUAAGAUCUAACAAUAAUCAAAACAAACCCAAACCUGYCAAAGAAAAACCCAAAWCCUCAGCACAAAACAGCGACCAACGAAAGAUUAACUUACAGAGAUUGCCAGAUGUGAGCGGAGGUCUUGGAAUCGGCAAUGCAGGCACUGGSAACGAACCAUAGGUCCCAUAUCAGCCGGCGUUGGUUUUGUAYUAUUUUKUAGUCCCUUCUUGAGUGAUUAGAAURAUGUGAGAAAUGUACAAAUUGCUUCCGGAUUUGAAUCUCAAAAACAAACUAUAAUUUCUUCCGUUUUUAUUUUAAAAUCAGAAGUACCAAACAAUAUUUUGGAUUAUAAAUUGUUUUUAUAUCUUGUGGCCAUACUUGAGGUUAAACAUAGAUUGAUCGAAGAUUCACAGAACUGGAAUUCUAUCCAUGUCAAAACAUGCAUACUUACAUACUUGAGAUGUGGCGCAAGCACGGGCAUGUGCCGAGGUAGAAUCAAAAGACGAAAUGAUGCUACAAGAACUACUAUUGUAUAAACCUCUUUUCUAAAGAUUUGUAUUGUCGUAAUUACAUACAAACUGCGAGAACUAGAAUGAAUAUAGAUUUUAAAGCUGUUGUUGUUGUUGUUGUUAGAAAAAUGAUAAAAUAAAUUAGGUUCCAUUUGUAA